UCUGUGACUCAUCGCCUCUCAGACACUCAACGGUUCUGGAAGCUAGUCUCUAUCAACCCAGUAGUUGCAACCGGACUCGUCUGACACACGAAUUUCUCUCUUAUUGCCCGACAGGAUUGAGAUGUUACAUUUUAGGGUUUCGACAGUCCUAAAGGAGUUGUUUGAAGCCACCCGCAAGCGUCCCAUUCCCAUCUCUAGACAGAAGACUUGGUUACAGACCCCUCACCAUUGCUGCUUCGGUUCUGUCUCGGUUGAUGCCAGAGCUAAAUCACCUCAGCUGAAGGUUCUCCAUGUCGCUACAAACCAACCGGCGCGCGGCACCGCGCCCUGCGCCUCCCUGUUCCGCUCCUACUGCGUGAAAACUGAAGGCGCUGCUGUGGAGCUGGAAGAACAGCUGAAGAAGGAUGGCGUCGCCAACGAAGAAAGCGAAAAGAGAAGAAAUGCAGGAAUUCUCCCCAGUUUGGAGGAUUUACUCUUCUACACAGUUGCAGAGGGUCAAGAGAAAAUUCCUGCUCACAAAUUCCUCACAGCACUUAAAGCUACCGGGCUUCGCACUGGAGAUCCCCGCCUGAAGGAGUGCAUGGACACCCUCAAGGAGACCUUGAAGAAGACUUCAGACGGGGUGACGCUCGACAGACAUCUCUUUAAGAAGUGUGUCCAGAGCAACAUUGUCCUGCUCACUCAGGCCUUCCGCAAGAAGUUCGUCAUUCCCGACUUCCAGUCCUUCACCUCCCAUAUUGACGAGCUUUAUGAGAAAGCCAAAAAACUCUCUGGAGGACAGGUUGCAGACUACAUUCCUCAGCUUGCCAAAUUCAGCCCUGACCUUUGGGCAGUCUCUCUGUGCACGGUUGAUGGACAGAGACAUACAGUGGGAGACACAAAGGUCCCCUUCUGUUUGCAGUCAUGUGUGAAGCCCCUGAAGUACGCUGUCGCUGUUCACGACCACGGCACAGAGUAUGUGCACAGUUUCAUUGGGAAGGAGCCCAGCGGCCUCCGAUUUAACAAGCUCUUCCUGAACGAAGACGAUAAACCCCACAACCCCAUGGUGAAUGCUGGAGCUAUUGUUUGUACUUCUCUUAUAAAGCAAAAUGCAAGCAAUGCCGAGAAAUUUGACUAUGUCAUGAAUUUUCUGAAAAAGAUGGCAGGAAAUGAGUAUGUGGGUUUCAGCAAUGCCACAUUCCAGUCGGAACGCGAGUCCGGAGACAGGAACUUUGCCAUCGGCUACUACCUGAAAGAAAAAAAGUGUUUCCCAGAGGGAACAGACAUGACAUCCAUACUGGACUUGUAUUUUCAACUAUGCUCCUUAGAGGUGACCUGUGAGAGCGGCAGCGUCAUGGCGGCAACGCUGGCGAAUGGCGGCAUCUGCCCAAUCACGGGUGAGCGCGUAAUGAGCCCGGAGGCGGUGAGAAACACCCUGAGUCUCAUGCACUCCUGUGGCAUGUACGACUUCUCAGGACAGUUUGCUUUCCAUGUCGGACUGCCGGCCAAGUCUGGCGUAGCGGGGGGUAUCCUGUUGGUUGUACCCAACGUGAUGGGCAUCAUGUGCUGGUCGCCUCCACUGGACAAGCUGGGCAACUCCGUCAGAGGAAUCCAGUUCUGCACGGACUUGGUGGAGCUUUUUAACUUCCACAACUACGACAACCUGAGGCAUUUUGCCAAGAAGCAUGAUCCUCGCAGAGAGGGAGGAGACCAGCGGCAGCACAACUUCGGACCCAUGGAUUACGAGAGCCUCCAACAGGAGCUAGCUCUGAAAGCUCCUCUGUGGAAAAAAGUGUCUCCCACUGAGUCAAACCAGGACUGCUCCACCACUGUAGUCUAUAGGAUGGACAAAGUCAGCGAGUGAAACUUAGGAACAGAGACCCCCUCACCUCGCCUCAUCUCUCUUCCAACACCACCACCAUCAUUCUUCACCCACGAGUAUUUAUAUAUUAAUUAUGUAGUGGAUUAUUUACCGCUUCUGAAUCCUACUGCGUGGAUGGAUCAGGGUUCUGUUGCUUCAGCAUGUCCAUGAUCUGAUGUACAGUGUACAGGUUCAGCUUUAUGUCUCCCCCAUCAAUACAAUGUGCUAUCUUUUUUUUUAGUCUUUUAGAUUCAGUUUUAAGAAGGAAAAAUCAACAAACUGAGAAAAUAGAAAAAUGUCUGCGCCUCAGUACAGACUUUUAUUUGCACAUAAAAACAUCCUGCAUGGUUGAAACACACAUGAUCAUCUUCAUGUUAUUUUUGGAGAGUCUUAUCUGCGACCAGUCUUAAUUUCUCAUUUUCUAAAAGUUUAACCCUCCAUUCUUCAGGGUUUACCAGACCUUGAUGAGAAACUGCAGCUCAGAACCAGAACAUCUGUCUGAGCUUUGUCAACUCUAGUGCAACAUUUUCUCUGCUUCACGUUGCUCACUGCAUGCAGGAGAUUUAUUCUUAGAAACCGCGCUGCUGAUGUGUUGAAUAAUUUCUGAAACAGCAUCAGUCCUUUCUUGGCGUCGUGUUUGGGAUGAGAAAGAAAUGGUUAAAACCAGCCCAUUUUCCCUCUGGACACCAUCGUCCUCAUUCACCUGUCGGCUGUAACAGAUCUCAGACCUGUGUGUGUUUUGUCUGUUUGGCCUUGUUUACUGAGCAUACUCAGUGUGACGCAGGUGGGGGUGAUGGUGUGUGUUCAUGGCUGCAACCUUCCAGCUGAGCUCCUUCAUCCUCCCACUUGGUUCUGGCUGGUUCUGAUAACUUAGCUCCUGGGCUGUGAGCAGGUCGAUGUCGGCCAUGUUCCAAAACCUUCGCUGCAUGUUUACACAGCGCACAAAAAUACACUUGUGUUCAAACGUCAGCUCUCAGUCCAGAGGUCAGCCUACACCAGGCGUCUCAAUCUUAGUCUUACUCGAUCCUGAAAGACCAUUAGAUGUUCAGAAAAUCAGAGCAAGAGAUGAAGCUUGAAGCUUUCUUGUGUUUUUUAAGGUUUUAAAAUACCGUUAAAACUUUAUUUGUCACUGAAAAUGUAUUUUUUGUUCUUUAGAAAUGCUACCAAAUUCAAGCAGGACAGGACCACUGACUGAGAAUUGAGUUAACUGAGGCAAAGUUAGAGGCUCGGAAAGUUUCCAGUGAUCCCAGUCUGUGAUUCUGGGAAGCAUGCCGUCACAGAAGAAUGUGAUGUUAUCAAACAGAGAUUGAUGCCCACUGGUCCACACAUGUCUGUGAAGCAUGUUUUAACUCAACACAUUUUUAGUGGUAUUAAAUCUGUUCUCAGUGUUUAGUGAGGGUUUUAUGUCAGGACAACUGGUCUGGACACAAGUGAUGAUCUUCGAAGUGUGUGACAGUAUUCUCCUCCAGGAAGCAAAGAUUCCUGCACAUGAAUGUCAGCGGAUGCCUUAAUUAUCGCUUUACUGUGACAAAACUGGGAGGAACUGGGAGUUUUAUCUGUUCUCGCCCUAGUCAUUGUUGAAACUUGUAGCUGCUGGAACCUGGAAAUUCUUCUGUCAAAAGUCUUAUUUUCUAUUACUUUAGACUCUUAGACAUGUUGUCUUUCUGUUAUUAGGUUGUUGCUCAUUAUUGUGUGAAGAUGCAAAAUAUUCUAAAGCCUCAUUUACUGAUAACUGGGAACGUUGGAAUGAAUGGAAGUAGUUUCGUUGGGUGGACUUAAGUGUUUUUAAAAACAUGGAUCUUGUUGCUUUUUGUUCAAAAGUACAUAUGUUUUUCAGUGGUUUUAUUUCUUCAUCUGGAACUACUGAAAAUAACUAUACCUGGAAGAUGACCUAUUAACUAGUUAAUGAUGAGGUUUCAGACAUUAUUGUUAAGAAAUUCUAGCAUAUUUUCUUGGAAAUAAGCCAUUAGUAAACAAAAACAAGUGUGUAAGUCAGGAUUUUUCUUGGACAGAGUUCAGGACCGACAUCCAGUGUUCCCAUCAGCUGCCUCCAACGUCACCACAUUCAACAGAAAUUAUAAUUCAAGGUCCAAAACAUUGAUGAGUAGUUUUAGACAGUUAAAGGAAAGUAAAGCUAUGCCAAAUAUGUUAAUGAUUUGUCUUCUUUUUUGCACAAUUUAUUAACCAAACAGUUCACAAAUUAACUAAAUGUUAUCCAAGGACAAAGCCAGUUUAAUGUCCUUUAUUGAGUUCAGCAGUUUCCCUUCAAACUCAGCUUCUCAUGUUUCACAUAUCUCAGACUUUUAACAGUCAAAUAGUAAAAAAAAAGACAUCAUAUUCAUUUCUUUUGCACUAAUGGCAGGAGAAAGACCGUUAUCUGUCCUAUAAAUUAGUUCAAGACUUCCAACAAUAUUCAAGCAAAAUUCAUGAAGAAGUUAAUUUCUUAUUACAGUGUUUCAUGGAGUUUUUAUUAACUAAUUCAUAUUAAUUUAAUAAGAUAUGAAGUUAAACAGAUUCAUUUUUUAAACAUACACUCUGAGACCUGUUGCAUCACUCUAUGGGAAAAACUUUGCUCUAAACCCUGUUGUAUACAUGAUACUCUUCUGCCCCCUGGUGGAUACACUUUGCACUACAACAGUAUCACAUUAGGAAACACAUGUGCAAAUUAUUUUUGCUUUUUUUUAUAUGUUAAAGGUCCAAAUAAAAACUUCAGAUUAAAAAAAAAUAAAAUAAAAUUUCUGCCCAUUAUUUCUUGAGUUAAUUAUUAUCAAGGUUGGUCAUGUAAAAAAAAAGUAAAGAAGUCACAGAAAUUAAAGAUGUCACUGUCCUCCAGUUUAUUUACAUGAAUCCCAUUUAGUUCAGCUGUGUGAUGUGAUAUAUCCUCCCAUAAUGGAUAAUCCACACUAGAGAAGAAGCUAAUUUCCUUAUUAUUUAGAAUUAAAUUACCUCCUCCAGAACAUCAGAUCAAUAAUGACUGAACCUCUUUUCAACCAAUCAGCCUUUAUCAUCUCAAAUGAUCAACUUCUUUUACCAGAAUUUUCCAGGAAAAUCAUCAGGUAUUUUUGGUUCAUGUUAUUUUUAUUUAAUUCUCACAUUCCAUCUUGCAUGCUUAGCUUUGUAAGGAUAAAUGUCUUUUUAAUCCCACCUUUAAAUGUUUCCUUUGAUUUUUCUGUCAUGUCUUUCUUUUGUUGAUUUGUGUCCUGAACAUGCAUUUUUGUCCUUUGUAAUGAUUGGAAAAUUUCUUAAAAGUUUAAGAGAUCAUGACCAUCACAGUUUGGUGAUCUUGGAAUUGUAAGAUUCAGAUGUAAGAGAUUAUUUAUUUAUAUGUACUUUAUCUGCACUUUCUGACCAAAGAUUCAGAGUGGAAAAAGGUUUCAUUGUUGAAAACCAAACGUUAAAAUUAAGACAGGGUUACCUGGAAACCUGAAACACUUCAUUUAUAUAUUAAAAAGAUGUGCAGUAGAUGAAACCGUACAAUUCCAAGUUCAUGCCCGUCAUUGUUUUUAUGUUUAUUAUUUUUGUAAAACGUAUUCAUAAAGUCAUGAACUGUCCUGUCUGCCUGAAGAUGUGAUGGAUCCUCAGACAUAAACUUGUUUCACUUCACACUUCUGAGCGAAUACGUCACUUAUUUGGCUGUGAUAGACAUGCAGACAUUACAGUAAAGGUGGUGUUUUUUGUUGCCUUGGUGUCCCUUGUGUAAAAUAAAAUAAAGCACUUAUCCAUCA